AAUACGAUAGACGUAGUGUAAGGACGAUUUACAAGUUCCAAAGUGUAAGUGUUGAGUGAAUUAAAUGCAAUGGCGGGAGCAGGGAGAGGCGACGGGCAGGGACCCGCUGUGGGAAAACUCGAAUCGCAAAUUUAUUGCAUCAAGUACACUUUAUUCUGCUUCAACGUCGUACUUUGGUUGUUCGGCGUGUCUAUAUUCGCAUUAUGUCUAUGGAUCUGCUUCGAGCCCGGUUUCAACGAAUGGAUGAGAAUUUUGGAACUUCAGAAGUACUUCAUUGGGAUCUAUAUCAUUCUUAUUGCCUCGUUAGGCAUAAUGGUUGUAGCAUUCCUUGGUUGCGGCUCCGCUCUUAUGGAAAACGUCGUCCUUCUCUACGGAUUUAUAGCAACACAAAUUGCGUUAUUCGUCUUUGGAUUGGUAGGCGCUUGCGUGGUGUUGGACUUUUCAACUUAUGACUCUAGUAUACAACCUCUUAUCAAAGAUGUCAUACUAAGACUUAUGAAUAACCCACAACAUGAAGGCAGUCGCGAAAUACUAAGGAUGGUGCAAGAAGGAAUUGGUUGUUGCGGUGCUGAUGGUCCGAUGGACUUUUUAAACUUGAACAAACCACUACCAUCUGAGUGUCGUGACUCUGUGACCGGAAACGCUUAUUUCCAUGGUUGUGUAGACGAGCUCACCUGGUAUUUAGAAGGCAAGACAGGUUGGCUAGCUGGCAUUGUCCUAGCUUCUUGCAUGAUAUGUGUGGUGAAUGCUGUUAUGUCCCUAGUCCUUAUUCAAGCGGUGAAGAAAGAAGAAGACGAGGCUAUUGUUUAUAAAAAUUAAUAGUUUUAUCAUACGAUUAUUAAUAACAUAGUAACUUUUAUAUUUUAAUUAUAUAUAAGUAACUGUAAUUGUGUUUUUGAAUUAUACAUAAUUAUUAUUUUAUUAAUAUCGAUACAAGUUCAAAACAACUUACUACAAAACACCUUUACAUAGUUAUUACCAUGGAUGGACCGGACCUCCUUGGAGGAGUUUUUUUUGUAAUUUUUGUGAUUAUUUUUCAAUGACAACAUUGUGUGCAAACGACAAAUAGUUGCAGUUUAUAUAAUUGACAUAAUAGGAAUAACUUAGUAUUAAGUUAAAAUGAAGUUACCACCUUUAUUGUUAGAGAGUAUUUUUAGCUAUUUUAUUUUGUAUUACAAAGUCCAUUUAUCUUUCAUAAGUCUCGGUCAUAAGUAACGAGAUUUUUGUACUAAAAUUUAUUUUUAGGAUUAAAUUUCUAGUGCUACUUUCUUUUAAUAAAUGUUAUAAAAUUAA